AUACAUUUUACAGCACUCAAUAAUUUACGUAGCACGCCGAUAAAAACCAUUAAAAUCAAAAAGAGCCAAACAACUUUACGAAUAUUGUUUACCAACUGGACGCCAUAUAACUUCACAAAGAAAACGAUACGCGACUGCGAACGCGCACCAGACGCUUCAACAGGCCGGCCAAUUAGCCACAAACGCGGCAAAAUUCGUGGUGUGGACACCACACACACAAGCACGAGCAGUGAGCAACACACACAAACACUCACGAACAUACACACGCACACCCACAAAUAAACACAACGACGACCACGCAGAAGGAGCUCAAAAUUUUGAAAAGAACCAACAUAAAAACAAGAGGAAGCAAAAUACGUUUUGGCAACUAGACAAAAUAGUACAAGAGUAGAGAAACAAAAAAAAUACUGUGCAACGUGCAGUCAACUGGCUGUGCAACAACAACAAUAAGAACAACAACAAAUCAGCGACAGCAGCGGCAAACAGGAGAAUCAGCAAACCAGGAGAAGCAACAAAAGCAACUAGCCAAGGCAGCAAAACGGGAACGGAAGAAGAAGCAACAGCGGCAGCAGAAGCAGUAGAAGAAGAAGCAGCAACAGCAGCAACCAAAACUAACUGUCUAAUCUUGUAGAGCAAGCGGAGCAGUUGCCCAGCAUCAUGAGCAUGGAAAAAGUCGCCAGCAAACAAUUCGAAACUAAAACGUGGCCGGACAUCGUUGACAGCGAUGACAGCGAGGUGGAGAACGAAAUAGAUGUAGACAAACUGCCGCCACUGGAAGUGGGGCCCAACGAGAAUCGCCUGCAGCACACAUACUGCUUGUGGUUCUCGAGGAAGGGCACACAACGUGCGGCCACCGACUACAGCAAAUCGUUGCAUGUGGUUGGACGCUGUGCUAGUGUACAACAAUGGUGGUCUCUUUACUCGCAUCUCAUCAGGCCCACGGCCCUCAAGCCGUAUCGAGAGCUAAGCCUGUUUAAACAGGGCAUCAAACCGAUGUGGGAGGAUCCGGCGAAUAGUAAAGGCGGUCAGUGGUUGAUAAGAUUGCGCAAGAAUAAAAUCGAGCGUGCCUGGGAAAACGUUUGCAUGGCGAUGCUAGGCGAACAGUUUCUGGUGGGUGACGAGAUAUGCGGCAUAGUGCUGCAGACAAAGUAUCCGGAGGAUAGCUUAUCAGUAUGGAACAGGACUGCCACUGAUAUGACCAGUACAACACGUAUCCGUGAUACGUUACGCAGGAUAUUAAAUAUACCUAUGACAACGGCAAUGGAGUAUAAGAUACACUGUGAUAGCCUUAAAUACGUUUCAAUUAAUAAAGGCGCAUUGAAAAGCUGAAAUUCAGUGAAUAACUACAAACACAAACCAGCAACAACAUCGGCAAAAACAAUAAUUAAUCAGCAAACAGAUGAGUUAGACACCAGCAAAAGGAUCAACCACAGCAACAGCAACAGUAACAACAGCAACAGCAACCACAAUAACAGCAACAACAACAACACACACAACAAUAGCAACAACCACAUUAAUAACGAGCACAAAGAACAGACGGACAGCAGCCGCUGAUAAUGAUUAUUAUUAUAAUAAUAACUAUACACAAUGAUAAUAAUAUUCUAAUAUUGAUGCUGAGGAUGAGAACCAAAAAAAAAACGAAUUAACAUCCCAACUUCAUGCCCUUCUCUUUCCGCAAUCCGCAUAUAUUUAAGCGCUAAUAAGACAAAUCUUUGUAGAGUUUGUAUAUAUGAAACGCCAUAAAUAUUUUAGAUUUUAUGUAUAAAGAUAAUGUAAUACCAUUUAGCCAUUCCCAAUUUUCACCCCACCAAAAGAAUUGGCCAUUUUGCUCUAUAUUUUGAAAACUAUGUAAUAUACUACAUAAUUUUAUAUUUUUGACCCCCCCUCCGCCAUCCUCACAUCCAUCAAUCAAUUAUACCAGUAGCAGCCUUUUUCAACAACUAAUAUUAUUAAUCAGUGUGUUUAUGCCAAUCAACUUGUACACUCGAAACAACAACCACAAAGCAGCCAAAUCAUUAUUGGUUUAUCUA